AGUCAGGAAGCUGAAGCACUUUUCUAAUGAACCCUACACGGGAGAUUAUUUACUCUUUCUCUUAUGGUAUUUUCUCAAAAAUCCAUACGUAAUUUAACUCCACUCUGACUUCACGACCCAGUGGAAUCAUGGCAGUGUUUGAAAACUGUACUGUAGUGUUAGAUGUGAAGAAUGUCCCUUAUAAAGAGAAGAAUAAGCUGAGAUUGGCUCUUCUGGAUAAUGGAGGAAACAUAUCUUAUGUCAUCAACAAAGAGUGCUCUUUUGUAGUCACUAGCAGUGUGAAUGAGCUGAGCAGUAACCGGCAGAGCAGCAUACAGAAGCUCCGGAUCCCAGUGGUUGGGAUGCAGUAUGUGUGGAGCUGUCUGGACGAAGGGCAUCUCCUGCCUUUGACAGAGCAUGAUUUGGCCCCACAGCUGGCUUACCCCACCUCUGAAUUCAUCUCUUGUCCAGAGGGAAAAGUGUCAACCCACAUACAAGAAAAAGAGGAGUUCAAAGGUCAGACUGAGAUAGCUGCUCUUGAGAAGGGCGGACACAGUCUUAGCAGGUUCAGAGUUUACAGAGGCGGCGACCAUGAGCUGCCUGAAUUUCCUUCUCAUUUUCAAGUGGCCAAGUAUUCUGUUUUUGAGAUGGUCAAACCCAAGACUUUGUCUGUGUUGGAGCUGCAGAGUGGCAGAGGACGAAAAGGCCAGCAGUAUCGUGUGUUGUCUUCAAUCUUGCAUGAAGCUGAGAGCGCAGUGGUGCAGGACAAGCUUGUGCACUGCGUGACAUCUGAGGAUGCUGUGGAAGCGUAUCUGCUGCUGAUGAAGGAGAUGGAGACACAGGGAUUCACAAGGUCUCACACCCUUCCUCCUGAGGUUGAACGAUUGGCGUCUCACAGCCUGCAGCAGCUUCUUUUGGAGGAGAAGCUGAACUGUAGCUCAUUAUCCCAGGAAGUUGGCGUCUUUGUGGAGCUGGUUUGGACCGAAGCUCUCGGAUCCCUUAGUAACAUCCUGACAGUCCCUGUCUCCAGAAUCAGCCUUAAUGAUGUGAGCAGGGUGGAGGGAUUGUUACUGCAGGCACAAAAGACUCAGAAAGAGGAUGAAGUCAAGGCCCUGCUUGAGGAGGUCAACACGCUUCUACCCCUCAGAAUGAUCGAUCCUCCUUCCAAACACAAGCUUGUGUCUCAGAAACUAGAUCUUUGUCAGCUAAUAAGAGACAUUUUGAAUGUGAGUGAAGCCACUCUGGGAAGCCCCUCGCCCUCGUCUCUGGGAAAGUAUCGAGCUCUGAGGUGCAGCAUUGAGGUUGUUCCACCACAAAACCCUGAGUUUCAUGUUGUCUCUCAACUGCUUCAUGAAAGGCCUGUUCAGAUUCAGCAGAUUCUGCGCGUAAGCAGAGGGGUGGAGCUUCAAAUGUUUUGGGAGGAUAUAGGCAACAUUAAGCCUCUCCUUCACUCCACUAGUCCCAGUAGUUUUGUUGGAAUACUGUCACGAGGUCUACUGCUGCCCAGAGUUGGAGUCGAACAGCAUGGAAUUGAGAGGACGGAUAUCGGGAAUCUUGGAGGAGGAAUCUACUUCAGUGACUCUUUAAACACUAGUGUGAAAUACUCCAAGCCCAGUGUGACUGACGGCUCUCGAUUGUUGUUGGUGUGUGAAGUGGCGUUGGGCCGGUGCAAAGACCUGCUGAAGAAAGACACCACUUUGACCUGUGCCCCUGACGGCUACCACAGUGUACAUGGAGUCCACCGCACGCCCAACAGGCUCUCUGAAUUUGAGGAUGAUGAGUUUGUUGUCUAUAACACAGAGCAGAUCAGACUGAAGUAUGUGGUUCAGUACACUCUGGAGGGAGACGAGUUAAAGGAGUUCCAGCCUCAUGUCAACACAGUUGUGGAGCUCACACAGCUCACUGACACAUCUGACGUCUUGUCCAGUGAUGACAGUGAGGGUUUGGAGUCUACUAAAAACCCUCUGGAAGAGAUGACUGCAGGUUUGCUGGACAGCAAUGGUCAGAAAAUUCCUCUUCAGGCCGUCAAUGUGAGGUGCAAGCUGAUGGACCUGCUGUGUCAGGUGAUAAUUUUUCAGACCUACACAAACAAGAGUCCUGUUCCCAUUGAAGCAAAGUACGUCUUUCCCCUGGAGGAGACGGCAGCAGUGUGUGGAUUUGAAGCCUUUAUCAAUGGAAAACACGUUAUUGGAAAGGUAAAGGAAAAAGAGCAGGCUCGUAAGGAGUAUAAGCAAGCCAUAGAGAAGGGUCAUGGAGCCUACCUGAUGGACCAGGAUGCACCUGAUGUAUUCACUAUCAGCGUGGGGAACCUUCCUCCUGGAGCCACAGUUUUGAUCAAGGUGACGUUCAUCACUGAGUUGGUGGUGAGAUCAGGCUCUAUAGUCUUCUCAUUGGCUGGCAGCGUAGCACCAUGGCAACAGAGUGCCGCCCUUAAUACGACAACUCAGGCAACUGUUGAAAAGAUUGGUGUGACGGAGCUUCAGUCAGAGGGGGAGUUUUCUCUGUCUAUGUCCAUCGAAAUGCCUUACGAGAUCAUCAACUUAAGUUCUUCACACCGCAUCAAAACCAAGAUGACCGACUGUAAGGCAGUGGUCAGCACAUUACCGGGACAGACUCUUGGAUCUGAAGGGUUACAGGUGUCCUUCAGUCUUUCUAAUAUCCACAUGCCCAGGAUGUGGGUCGAGAACCAUCCGGAUAAAUAUAGUCAGGCCUGCAUGCUGGUGUUUUAUCCAGACUUUAAGUCAAGCGGGGUUUCCAGCUCUGGAGAUCCGUCCAGUGUGAGCGAUGUGGUGAUUCUGCUGGACUCCUCCAAGUCCAUGCAGGGAGACGCCAUGCUGAACGCCCGCAGGAUUGCCCUUCAAGUCCUGAAAUCUCUGGACCGCUCACUGAAGAUCAACAUCAUCUCUUUCAGCACUGAUUACAAGGAAGCUUUUCCUGCACCAAUGCCUUUAGAUGAAGCAUCUGAACCAGCCAGAAAAUUUAUUAUGUCCUGUAGUGGCGCUGGUGGCGGCACUGAGCUGUGGCGACCUCUCCAGAGCCUGAGCCUGCUGUCUCCCUCCCGGGGCGUGAGGAACAUCCUGCUACUCUCUGAUGGACAUGUUCAGAACCAGCCUCUGACCCUAGAGCUGGUCCGAGAAAACUCCCGCCACACGCGCCUCUUCACCUGUGGACUCAGCUUGACAGCUAAUCGGCAUAUGCUCAGAGCUUUGGCUCAAGCAGGAGGAGGAACAUGUGAAUUUUUUGACACAAAGAUGAAACACACUUGGGCUGAGAAGGUCCGCGCUCAGGUUCAGCGUAUGGAGUCUCCAGGCUGCAGAUCAGUGGCAGUGAAGUGGCAGCAGUUUAAUCCCACAGCGCCUCCUCCUGUUCAAGCCCCCUCACAGCUUCACAGCCUCUUCAGUGACUGUCACACUCUCAUAUACGGCUUUGUGCCGCACUGCACUCAGGCCACUCUGUUUGGAGAUUUGAGUGGGAAUGAGAUCAAAACAAUGGUUUCAACCACAGAACUACAAAAGACGAAAGGAACUUUCCUUCACAAGUUAACAGCAAGAGCGAUCAUCAGAGACUAUGAAGAUGGCAUUUUAGGCAACAGUGAAGCAGAACAUGAGGGGAAGAAAGCAGAGCUGAAGUCCUACAUCAUUGAGCUCAGUAAAGAGUUCUCCAUCUUGUCCCAGUUCACAAGCUUUGUCGCCAUCGAAGAGAGGGAGCAGAAUGAGCCCGACAGUGGAUGGACAGAUAUUCCUAAACUCAUAUCAGAAGAGGAUGUGGAUAUUUUGCCAUAUAUGGGCUGGAGUGAAGAGAAGCUCAUGGUUGAGGACAUUAUUUGUGCUGAUAAUAUGGAUUCAGAGGAAUGGCGCAGUAGCGGCUCCACAUCUCCUGUCCAGUUGUUUUCAGCUAAACGGGCUGCUAAACGAUUAUAUUAUGAUGCAAAUGAUUCAGAGGAUGACUAUGAGGAUCCAAUUGAGGAUUUUGAAAUGGACUUAUCUGCAGCUCUCCCUCGUUCUUGCUUCAGAAGCAGCUGGCGUCCUUCACGUUUUGACGGUGCUAUUCGCGGUUCUUCUAGUUCUUAUGUAAGUGAUCCGAAGUCGGUUCUUCUUGCAUCAGAGGAACCUACUGGUGGUGUCUCAAUGAGUGAUAGACUUCCUCCUCCCACUGUAGCCUCAAAGUCUCUUAACUUUCAAAUUCACUGUUACAAUGAGUCAGUAGAAUCUCUCUCCUCAAAUUAUAACCUUGCAUCACAGACAGAAGUGACUCCUAUAGUAAGGACAAUGGAACCUCCCUCCGGCGCUCGCUGGAUGUCUCCUCGUCCUUCUGGUGGUGCCUUGAUGUCCAAAUCUGGCUCCAUGAGUGACAGGCUUCCUCCUCCACCUCCCCCUCCCCCUGCCGCCAAGGUUGCCUCCUCAGUCCCGCCUCCCCUUCAUAUUUCUGAAUCAGUGGACUCUCUCCUCUGUGAAACUUAUGCUGAUGGCCUUCCCCUAGCGCUGGAACUUGAAGGCCCAACUCCUCCUCUCUUUGCAGGUCCUCCUCCAAAUCUUAGUCUUGCUUCUGAUCCGUUCUUAUCUUCCAGGGCCCCUCCUCCAGCUCCUCUUUUUGGCAGGCCGAGCACAUCUUUUUCAAUGGUGAAAUUCCCUGCCGUUCAAUGUCUCUCACAGAUCCAGCGUGACGCCUCAACUCCCCCUAUCUUUGAAGGUCGUACUUUUCCUCCUCGUCUUGCAUCUAAGCAGUACUCGCCUAUCACUCCUAGUUAUUCUCUGGGAUCUUUUUGUGGCAAGGCUUCCCGUGAAUCUAGUGUCCUUCAAAGUACGAAUGAGCCGUUGAGCCUUUUUGGUUCCUCAUCCUCUGGACUUUAUGAAGCACCUCGUCAAGAACAAACACAACUAACGCAACCAGCGGCAAACAUCUACAGCAGCAAAAAAUGGAGCAAACCACCACAACCACUAUACACUGUGACAUCUGCACAAUCAACAAAAAGGGCUGAUCCUCAUUUUCAACUAAGGACUCAACAUUUCACAAAACCUCGUGACGUCUUGAAUCUGUCUGACACCGUUGCCUGGAAGGAGCUGUUUGAGCUUCAACAUGAGGAUGGAUACUGGGAGUGCACUGAGAGACUGAGCAGCUUCCUCAACCUGGACGUAGACUUUUUUGCCAAUGUCUUCCUUCAGGAGAAAGGCAUUCGUUCCUUUGGUGUGAAGGCUCAUGCUGAAGUUUUGAGGCUGGUGGCGACUCUGCUGGUGCUGCAGCUGAUCCGGGUGAAGAAGCUGGCAGUGGGACAGUUGCUUGAGUCUCUCCUCCGGCUGAAAGAGUCUCAGGAGCCCAGACCGAUGCACUGGGAGGCCGUGAAGAGGGCCGUGGACUGGGCCUGUCGGACAGACAGACAGUAUCCUUGUGUGUGCAGCAGGCUGGAGAUCGGCCGGGAUUGGGAAUCAGCUACACGUCAGCUGCUGGGCUGUGAUUCUCCACACCCAUAUUCCCCUCUCAAACCUGUUCUGGAGAGACGUGCGUGUGUAUCAGUCAUGUAGAAACUGAACACACUCUUCCCCCCCUUCUUCAUUUACAGUUGCUGCUUGCUUGUUGCAAAAAAAGCUUUCUAGCCUUUAAGUAGCAUUAACAAUAUAUUUAGACACUUUUGAACUAUAAGCUUUUAACUCAAUAGAUUAACUUUUUUUUUACUAGACAUUUUUUCAGUUACUUUUAAUCAAGUGUAGUAGUAAAUUUCUCCUCAAGUUUACAUUGAUGACCUACAGUACAUUAGUAGUUGUUCUGCUAGGACAUCACAUUAUCUAUGAUUAUUAAGCAGUAUGUUGAUUCAUCAUUUAAAAAGAAAUAAAUCUAUUUGUCAAAUGUUUUGUUGAUGUGUGUGCUUGUGCUGUCUUUCUUUUAAGUAAAUUUAAAUAAAUAUAUUGUUUGUUACAUGUUGGUGCCUCAAGGACCUGCACACACAGUCCCAGAAAAGCUGUUGCCUCCUGUUAUGUGUAAUAAUAAUCCAUCCUACUAAUGGACUUUUUCUGGAUUAAUCUUUUUUUUUUUUACUUUUUUUUUUUUUUUUACACAAGUUAAAACAGCAUGGGAUGAUUAUUAGAAGAAUCAUGUUUAUUCCUUGGGAAUUACUCAUCAAGCAACUUAUAAUUAGCCCUCUGCAAUUUUUUUUUUGUAUUAUUUUUUUUUAUGUAAUUUCAAAUAUAAGUCAAAUAAUUGCGCAAAAAAAAUAUUACUGGGUUGUUAAAAAAUAUUACUGGAUUAAAAUGUUUUGUUUAGCUCUGCCUGUUUUCAUCUGUCAGUAAAAUAUUACUGGGUUAUAAUGUCUUUGUUUAGCUCUGCCUGUUUUCAUCUGUCAGUAAAAUAAUGUCUCAUUCAGUGAAAGGCUGUCAAAGUAACUUUACUGCUGUGGCAAGAACUCCAUCAAAUGCUGUUCUAAGGAUUCUUGACUAUUUAUUCUACUCUUGUAAAAAAAAAAAAAAUGUCUUGUCACCCGAUUCAUUUAAUUAAUAAUAUUCUAUAAAUUAAUGAUCUGUACUUGUAGAAAUCCCUCUUUAAAUUGUAUUUUUUUAUGA